AUGGGGCCCGUGGCUGCCCACCUGGUAAUGGGGCUCGUGGCUGCCCACCUGGUAAUGGGGCUCGUGGCUGCCCACCUGGUAAUGGGGCCCGUGGCUGCCCACCUGGUAAUGGGGCCCGUGGCUGCCCACCUGUAUAAGAACACUUUUGACCGCCACCGGAAACUUGGGGCCCUGAGCUCGCGGGGGCUUGCGGGAGCUCGCGGGAGCUUGCGGGAGCUCGCGGGAGCUUGUGGGAGCUCGCGGGGGCUCGCGGGAGCUCGCGGGAGCUCGCGGGAGCUUGCGGGAGCUCGCGGGAGCUUACGGGAACUUGCGGGAGCUCGCAGGAGCUUGCGGGAGCUCGCGGGAGCUUGCGGGAGCUCGCGGGAGCUUGCGGGAGCUCGCGGGAGCUCGCGGGAGCCCGCAGGAGCUCGCGGGAGCUCGCAGGAGCUCGCGGGAGCUUGCGGGAGCUCGCAGGAGCUUGCGGGAGCUCGCAGGAGCUUGCGGGAGCUCGCGGAGAGGGCAGUUAACAACGACUGGAGUGCCAGAGUGCCAACGACUGGAGUGCCAGAGUGCCAACGACUGGAGGGCCAGAGUGCCAACGACUGGAGUGCCAGAGUGCCAACGACUGGAGGGCCAGAGUGCCAACGACUGGAGGGCCAGAGUGCCAACGACUGGAGUGCCAGAGUGCCAACGACUGGAGGGCCAGAGUGCCAACGACUGGAGUGCCAGAGUGCCAACGACUGGAGGGCCAGAGUGCCAACGACUGGAGUGCCAGAGUGCCAACGACUGGAGGGCCAGAGUGCCAACGACUGGAGGGCCAGAGUGCCAACGACUGGAGUGCCAGAGUGCCAACGACUGGAGGGCCAGAGUGCCAACGACUGGAGUGCCAGAGUGCCAACGACUGGAGGGCCAGAGUGCCAACGACUGGAGUGCCAGAGUGCCAACGACUGGAGGGCCAGAGUGCCAACGACUGGAGGGCCAGAGUGCCAACGACUGGAGUGCCAGAGUGCCAACGACUGGAGGGCCAGAGAGCGCUAUUACCUCCCGCCUCACUAUACAAGGUCAAGCUUGUAUCUUCCUACAGCACUUGGUGGCCUAGAGUACAAGGUGGGAACCCAGGAGGAAAAGCUUACCUUACAAAUAAGCUGUGGAGUGAAGGGUGCUGAGCGAGGCAGGUGGAAGGCUAAGAAAGCUAUAGUCUCAGAGCACUCCGGACACGCUCCUUGCAAGACAAGGCGUCGACACGGAGACCUGUGUCACCUCCCGCCUGUGUCCCCUUCCUCGGCCACCACUGUACUGCUUCUGUGUCACGGAACUCUGGCACAGUCUGGCACCCAGGGGCCUGCAUCCCGUGGCACCCAGCGACCUGCAGCCCGUGGCACCCAGCGACCUGCAGCCCGUGGCACCCAGCGACCUGCAGCCCGUGGCACCCAGCGACCUGCAGCCCGUGGCACCCAGCGACCUGCAGCCCGUGGCACCCAGCGACCUGCAGCCCGUGGCACCCAGGGGCCUGCAUCCCGUGGCACCCAGCGACCUGCAGCCCGUGGCACCCAGCGACCUGCACCCCGUGGCACCCAGCGACCUGCAGCCCGUGGCACCCAGCGGCCUGCAGCCCGUGGCACCCAGCGACCUGCACCCCGUGGCACCCAGCGACCUGCAGCCCGUGGCACCCAGCGGCCUGCAGCCCGUGGCACCCAGCGACCUGCAGCCCGUGGUACCCAGCGACCUGCAGCCCGUGGCACCCAGCAACCUGCAGCCCGUGGCACCCAGCAACCUGCACCCCGUGGCACCCAGGGACCUGCACCCCGUGGCACCCAGCGACCUGCAGCCCGUGGCACCCAGCAACCUGCACCCCGUGGCACCCAGGGACCUGCACCCCGUGGCACCCAGCGACCUGCAGCCCGUGGCACCCAGCAACCUGCACCCCGUGGCACCCAGGGACCUGCACCCCGUGGCACCCAGCGACCUGCAGCCCGUGGCACCCAGCAACCUGCAGCCCGUGGUACCCAGCGACCUGCAGCCCGUGGCACCCAGGGACCUGCAGCCCGUGGCACCCAGCAACCUGCAGCCCGUGGCACCCAGCGACCUGCAGCCCGUGGCACCCAGCAACCUGCAGCCCGUGGCACCCAGGGGCCUGCAUCCCGUGGCACCCAGCGACCUGCAGCCCGUGGCACCCAGGGAUCUGCAGCCCGUGGCACCCAGCGACCUGCAGCCCGUGGCACCCAGCGACCUGCAGCCCGUGGCACCCAGGGGCCUGCAUCCCGUGGCACCCAGGGGCCUGCAUCCCGUGGCACCCAGGGGCCUGCAUCCCGUGGCACCCAGGGGCCUGCAUCCCGUGGCACCCAGCGACCUGCAGCCCGUGGCACCCAGCAACCUGCAGCCCGUGGCACCCAGCGACCUGCAGCCCGUGGCACCCAGCGACCUGCAGCCGUGGCACCCAGCGACCUGCAGCCCGUGGCACCCAGGGGCCUGCAGACCGUGGCACCCAGCAACCUGCAGCCCGUGGCACCCAGGGACCUGCACCCCGUGGCACCCAGCAACCUGCAGCCCGUGGCACCUAGCAACCUGCAGCCCGUGGCACCCAGCAACCUGCAGCCCGUGGCACCCAGCAACCUGCAGCCCGUGGCACCUAGCGACCUGCAAGCCUUGAGACACUUAAAUUGUCUUUAA